GUCUCUGCUGUCAGUGUUCGGUGGGAGGGUAGACAGCGACAGCAGCAGCGCCCGCGUCGGAACUAAAACCAACGUGACAGACUGGAGUCUUAAUAACACCAACCGAUCCAAGAGCAGCACUAACAGAGAACCCCUAAUACUGCAUAUACAGACUACCAGUGUCAUUCGUCGACUGCUGCAGAAGGAUAAAGACCCAGCCGGCUCCACAGCAGCGAACGCAAACCGCAGUGGACGUUGUUGCAUUGUUCACGUGAAAGGAGGAAAAUCCGUGGUUUGCAGCAGAUCCGCGUGCAGUCGACCGGUACCGGACCCUGUUGUUGAUUUCUCGUAAUGUUUUAUCACGGGAUACAUCGUUACGCUGGAUACCGAGUUUAGUAGAGUCAUUGCAUCACGUUGGAUUCACCAGCCCCGUGUUGAACUUGGCCUGUAGAGCAAACAGCACGAUGAACGCGUAGCUCUGCUAACGUAAAUCUAUGUUUUCUGAUCACUCGGUUUUCCAGCCGUGAUUUUUUUUUGUCUUUAUAAUUAUUUGGCGAUUACCUCUCUUAAAUUAUUUGCUCGGUCAACUCAAGCAGCUGCAGCUGGCGCUUUGUCUACAUCUGAUGGAUAUGACGAUACGAAAGUAAACCUGGACCUGGUUUUUGGGUUUCGGAGCCAGGUCUCCUGUACUCUGAAGAUCUGAAAAAUAUCAAUGCUCUUUUCCCUCUUGCGGUCCCUUAUGCCCAAUGACGGCUGUCUCCGGGUCACUGCAGGAUGGAUGAAGUGGAUUUGACAGUUUUUGUCUGUCACCAUCAGUGCUUGCCUCUCAGUGACUGUGUCUUGCUCUUUUACGUUUAUAAAAGAACACCUCCUCUCUUGGGCUCUGGCCCCUUACACUGUAAGAGUAACUGUAAGUAAGGAAUACCCCACGGAGCAGGCCUUCCAGCAAACUCUGUGGUUCACGUGAGCUUUUAUUAACUUUUCACAGGCUUUUUGUGCCACAGUCAAAAGCAGAAAGAGGAAAUUUCCACAAAAGGUCAAGGUUUACAUUUGAGUUUUUUCACUAUAAUUUAUUUAUUUUUUUUUUUUUUUGGGGAGAUGUCGUCAGAAAAUCCCAACAAGGUGGUGACCUUCUUGGCCCCUCCACCUCCAAAGAAUGUGAAUGGCUCCGGUUCGGACUCACUGGUGGGUGAGAAGCUAGACACGGAGGUUAGAAAACGACGCCACACCAUGGAUAAAGAUCUGAAGACGGCUGAGCACAGAUUUUUUAGGCGUAGCGUCAUCUGUGACUCCAAUGUCACUGCACUUGACUUGCCCAGCAAAGCCUGUAUCCUCACCUCGCCUCCGGACUGCGAGCAGUUCAUUGUGCCUGCAGUGCUGGAUUCGGCCCCUGACGUUACCAUUGACACCCAAGUAGUUGCUUCAGAUGUUGUAUUGGAAGUACAUGCAGAGGAUGGAAGAGCUUCUGGGAAUGAUGGGAUUGUGGAGGUACAGAGCCCAUCUGUGCAGGAUGUGGGUGUGAGGCAGAGUGAGGCCCUUGUUAUGGCGGAGAAGAAGCCCAGUGAUGUGGGCAACAAGGACCAGGAGAGCAGAGUAAUAGACAAACGUGAAGAAGAGGAAGAGGAGGAGAAAGGGGUGGCGAGGGCCCGUGCUGAAGCUGAGCAGAGAGAGGCUGAGAAAAAGGUUCAGGAGGAUGAAGAAGUGGAGACCAAAGCUGUGGGCACCUCACCCGAUGGGCGUUUCCUCAAAUUUGACAUCGAGAUUGGACGCGGCUCGUUCAAAACUGUCUACAAGGGCUUGGACACGGAGACUACGGUGGAAGUAGCUUGGUGCGAACUUCAGGAUCGGAAGCUGUCAAGAUCAGAGCGCCAGCGCUUCAAGGAAGAGGCUGGCAUGUUGAAAGGCCUGCAGCACCCAAACAUUGUGCGUUUUUACGACUCAUGGGAGUUGCCCUCCAAAGGCCGCAAGUGUAUUGUGCUGGUGACGGAGCUCAUGACAUCGGGAACCCUAAAAACGUAUCUGAAGCGCUUCAAGGUGAUGAAGAUAAAGGUGUUGCGGAGCUGGUGCCGGCAAAUCCUGAAGGGCCUGCACUUCCUCCACACCAGGGCUCCUCCCAUCAUUCACCGGGACCUUAAGUGCGACAACAUCUUCAUCACUGGUCCCACCGGCUCCGUUAAGAUCGGCGAUCUAGGCUUGGCCACCCUCAAGCGCUCGUCAUUCGCUAAGAGUGUCAUAGGUACCCCUGAGUUCAUGGCGCCUGAGAUGUACGAGGAAAAAUACGAUGAGUCGGUGGAUGUGUACGCCUUCGGAAUGUGCAUGCUGGAGAUGGCUACCUCUGAGUACCCUUACUCCGAGUGUCAGAACCCCGCUCAAAUCUAUCGCCGCGUCACCAGCGGAGUUAAACCUGGCAGUUUUGACAAAGUAGCCAUUCCAGAGGUGAAAGAGAUCAUCGAGGGAUGUAUUCGCCAAAACAAAGAUGAAAGAUAUGCCAUCAAGGACCUUCUGAACCAUGCCUUCUUCCAGGAAGAGACUGGGGUGCGGGUGGAGCUGGCUGAAGAGGAUGAUGGGGAGAUGAUUGCCAUCAAGCUCUGGUUGCGCAUUGAAGAUGUCAAGAAAUUGAAGGGUAAAUACAAAGACAACGAAGCCAUCGAGUUUUCCUUCGACCUCCAUCGGGACGUGCCAGAAGAUGUUGCUCAGGAAAUGGUUGAGUCGGGCUAUGUUUGCGAGGGUGACCACAAAACCAUGGCCAAGGCCAUCAGAGACCGCGUGUCCCUGAUCUGCCGCAAACGGGAGCAAAGACAGCAGGUGCGAGCCGAGCAAGAGAAACGCAAGCAGGAGGAGGAGCAGAAGCAGUUGUCCAGCGAGUCUUUGAAGAACGUGUCCGGCUCUCAAGGUUCUGCACAGAGCCAGUGUGGUUCCCAGCCUCCGACUCCUGGCCUCAACCAGCCCGAGAGUGAGGAGCCUGAUGUAGACCAGCAGCUUCAGUACAUGCAAAGUGGAAUGAACCUGGCUGACCGGACGCUUGACAGUGGUCAGGGCUCAUCCGUGUUCUCAGAACCUCACCUCAGCCAGCUCAGCAUGUCAUAUAGUUCUCCUGCUGGGUCGCAACCCCAGCAGGUGCCUGGACAGGCCGCCUACCCUCCCAGCUCUCAAGCUCCCCAACAGCACACCGCAUACCCCCAGCAGGCCAUGCCUCCUCCACCUCUUCCCCGUCGUCGUAGCAUGUCUGUUUGCGUGCCCUGCUUUUCUACCACCUCUGCUCUGUCGUGUCCUCCCAAGCCACCUUCCACCCCUCCUCCAGUCGCAUCAGCCCCACUCUUGCCCCGGCUGGGGAGGCCAGAUGGGGAGACGUUUGCGGGCCGACUGUCCAAAGCACUGGAGAGCGUCCUGCCCCUUCACUCAGCCCCACCCCGUCGCCGUGCCAGUCUCCCAGCAAUCUUUGCCAGUCCUCCGCAAUCAGCGAGUCAGCCGUAUGGUGGAGGAGGCUCAGGUCUGGUCGAGCCCCCACACUUUUACCCCACCAUCCCGGAACGGCCCGUCUCAUUCUCCCCCCCACCAUCCUGCCCACCUAAAGUUUUCAACGUGCAGCGCCGCAAGAGCACCUCCAUCCUGGAGGCCCACACGCGUCACUUCCAGCCCGCCUACCAUCGUAGUUACGGCAGCAGCCUGCAUCCAUUUUCUGGCAUGGAAGCUAUGGGCCCUGGCGUUGAACCCUCCCUGUUCAAGAUGCCUGGUAUGGUGCCUCAAAGAUUGGGCGAGCCAUUGCACCUACAGCCCCCAGUGGAGUCUCUAUAUGGAUAUAAGGACGUGAGGGCCGAGCAAGAGGAGGCUGUACGCAGACUCAGCCUCAACCAGGCUGCAUUAAUGGACCAUCUGGAAGCCAUGGCCUAUAGUGGCUACCCUAUGACUGCGCAGCAGCUAAGCCACAUCAGCUUCCAUCAGCAAAUGCAGGUCGCCGCUGCUGCUAGCUUGGCCUAUGAGACUCAAUCACAGCCUGGGCAAGCUUACCUACACCCUCAUGUCCAGAGCCACAUGCGCUUGACCCACAGCCCCAUCCCUCAACUGCCUCCCAUGAGUGUGUCUAGCUCUGCCUCUGCACCGCAGCAAACCACAGCUGCAGAUCCAGGGUAUCAGCCCAACUCUUUUCCCCAUUCCGCACCACCCGUCAUGGCUCAUACAUGCGAGCCGAGCACCGCCUUUGAAUUCCACAUGCACAACCUCCAGACGGACCCAGCCAUGUUACCGUCCAGACUCUACCGAGCACGCCGGGGCUCCAUGGACCUUAACCUUGAGGAACCAACUGGCAACAUUGGCUUGUGUGGACGACUACAGCCUGUCACCGAAGAGCUAUACAGCUAUGUGAGCCCAGAGCUGCCCCUUCCCCCGGGCAGCCUGCUUCUCCAUGGACCUAAAGAAUUCAGUCCUGAACCUUCAAGUGACUCUAUGACCUCCUCCGAUGCUGGAGAAUUCUACUCGCCUCCACCUCAUCAGUUGUACCAACCUAAAGACUGUUCCGCUGCUCAAUCCAUCCCUCAAACUUCUUACUACAAAACGGAUGGAGGGAGUAACAUCAGCGAAGGACACCCACCUAGCCAGACAACGUUUCUGUAUAUUCCACCUUCUGAAUCGUCCACCGUUCCGUCCUCGCACAUCACUGCUCUGCACAGUACUUGGGCCCGUCAACCAUCCCUUCCACCGGACCUCACAUACCACGAGCCUGCCUUGUCCCAUCAGGGCGCUACCUUGGUGCAGGUCCCAAUCCCUCAGUCCACAAGUGCCAUGUCUCUGGUUUCCUGUAGCACCCCAUUAGCCGCUUCUGCUUCUCAACAGUAUGGAGGUUACUACGUCCAAGCACUCCCUUCGCAGGGUGCUAUUCCACAACAGGCUUCUCUGGGGCCGACAUCCCAACCAGGAGUAUCAAUAUCACAACAGCAAGCUCCCCAACAGCCUCCCAGCACUGUGGUUCAGAGCAGCUCCCAGAUGCAGGUCCAGCCCGGCCUCCAGCCCUCACAGCAGCCAGUGCCUGAAGCGCUGACAUGCCCAGCAGCUGUGCCUGUUACAGCCACAUCCCCAUCAGUGCUGCCGCCCCAUCUGCCCCAAUUGGUGCCGCCUCUAAUGACACCUGUGCCAACCAUCCAUGUGGUCACAGUCCCUUCCCCAACCGAACAUCCAUGUUUGCCAGCAGACACCCCAGCGCAGACAUCUCAUAGCGUCUCUCAGACUUUGACGACAGAACUGUCACAACUCCAAACUCCUGCUGUGGAGAGUGGUCAUUCUGAUGUGGCAUCUGGGCUCAGCGAUGGUAAUGAGGGCGUAACGGGUGGCAGGCAUGAGGGUCGUUCUGCCAAAAGGCACCAGCGCAGAUCAGUACGCAGCCGUUCACGCCAUGAAAAAACCUCUAAGGCCAAGCUCAACGUUCUUAAUAUAUCCAGAAUGGGCGAUAGAGUUGCAGAAUGUCAAUUAGAAACACACAACAGAAAAAUGGUGACCUUUAAGUUUGAUUUAGACGGCGAUAACCCAGAGGAAAUUGCACAGAUAAUGGUACAAAGUGAAUUCAUUCUAGAGAGCGAGCGUGAGUCCUUCAUCGAGCAGAUUCGAGAGGUCAUAGAAACAGCAGAUGAGAAAGGUGUGGAGAGAGAGUGCAGCCAGACAGUUAGUGAUCACGAGCAACAUAUGCCCACCACAUCUGCACCUCUUGAGCAAGGUGUGCCGCCUAGUUCAGCUGCCCAGGUGGUCCACUCUGCAGGCCGAAGGUUUAUCGUGAGCCCAGUGCCUGAAUCCAGACUGAGGGAACAGUUCUUUAGCUCACCCCAAACCACAAUUGAAGAGCCUUCAUCCUCUGUGUCAGUUGCACUGCCUGCCUUGGGGCUUUCUAUGUCUGCAUCUGCAGUUAGUCUACAGCAGGCCUUCUCUGAAAUGCGUCAAGGCCAUUUUGACCCGGGUCCCAGCACUGCGCCACCUAUGCUCCAUGUCUCCAUGCCCCCUCUGGUCCCCGCCGCAGCCCCCUUGCCCUCUAGCGCUGCCCCGUUGGUCCCUCCCACAGUGUCUUCUGAAGUGACCUCUUCACCAUCUCUGCCCUCUGUCUCCAUAAACCCUCCAGGGUCAUCAUCUCCUCCUCCUCCUUCCCUUCCUGUCUCCUCCGUGACCUUCCCUCCAGCCCAUUCGCAACUCCCUCUGCCCCAAGGUCAAGCUGUACCUGCCAUCAUCAGUGUUAUUUCCACUCCUUCCUCUCUGCCAAUGCCAGCUGUGCCUGCCACAACAUCCUUUCCCCAAACCUCAGUCCCCAUGCCCGCACCUGCCUGUACUGCAGCCCCGCUCGCUCACCCGGUGAGUCCUAUGGGAUCUGUUUCUGGUGGCAGUAGUGAACAGCCAAUCCCCUCCUCUUCAGCUCAGCUCACACCACCGGUCAUCCCCACCACAGCCAUCCAGACGCCUCCGCUCGCACCAUCCACCACCAUGGUUAUUCCCACUUCAGCUGCUCAAUCACAAGUGCCCAUCCUCCAGCCGGUUACCACCAACAUACCCGUCGUGCAGCCCACACCCGUGCACAGCCAACCUCAAACCUCCACCGUGGCCAAUCAGAGCCAUGCACAUUGUGUAGAAUGUGAGAGUGACCUGCAGGGAAAAGGUGUUGAUGACAUUCAGGCUCUAGAUAAAAAGCUGCGCUCGCUCUUCAUGGACCUGGGCUCUGGUCCGCCCUCUGCCCAAUCUGAUGUCACAUCUGACCCCAUGGCAGCUGCAAGCAUCCCUGGCACCUCCUCUCCAACUGCCUGCACCACCCCUAGUGGCACCCCUCUCCCUCCCUCAAGUUUACCCCUUAACUCCUCCAGUCAGCCCACAGGCUCUCCCAUGACAUCCAUGGGUAAUGCCUCCACAACGGUCUGCUACAGUCAGACGACUCCAUCCAAAGCGCCAUUAUCAAGAUUACCGGUGUUGCCUGUCGGCCCAGAUCAGGCUGGCACGCCACCCACAGAGCACCUACCACCCUUCCCAGGACCUUGUUUAACUCAGUCCCAGCAACCCCUGGAGGAUCUGGAUGCCCAGCUGAGACGGGCGCUGAGUCCAGAGACCGUCCCAGUCAACAGUGUCACGCACCAGUCAUCUAUCACUGGGAUGCCACCUGGAGGACAGCCAGUUCCGUUUUCUCUGGAUGAUGAGACCACAGUUGCACCUGCAGCUGGAGGAUACACACUGGGACGAUUCCAGGUGUCAGCGGCUCCUAAAGAAAAAGCCCCGCAGGUUCCAAUCACCUCUCAUGACUCAUCCUCCACAUCUUCGUCCUCCACCACCACCUCCUCUUCAUCAUCCUCCUCCAGUCUCUCUAGCCCUGAGAACACGCUGCACCGAACCUCCUCUCACCAUAGAGACACGAAAGCAGAUGUGGUUGAUGGCCUCCCUGCUCUCCCCGACCAGACGACAACCCAACCCCAGCCCACCACCAUCGGCCGUUUCCAGGUGACCACAAAGACUGACACAAAGGUGGGCCGUUUCUCAGUGAGCAAAGCACAGGACGAGGCUCCUGUGGCAAACUUACAACCCCCAGAACCCCAACCAGGACCUCAAGCCCAUCUAGCUGUAGGCAACGGUCCAGCUCAGAGCCCCGGGAGCCUCAACAACUCCAUCAGCUCCUACUUCAGCAGCGACAAUGACUCCGAGUUUGAAGAUGAGGACUUUAAGAGAGAAGUCAGCAAGCUGAGGGAGAAGCACAUGAUGGAGAGUCAGGCUCUGUACACCCGGCAGAAGGCAGAGAUUGACGCCCUUUUUGCUCGCUUGGGCAAAGCACCUCCCGCCAUGGUCAACCCUCCCGUUGUGAACCCAGCUGGCCGCAGACGACGUCACACCAAGAGCAAAAGCAGCAAAUCCAGCCGCAGUAGCUCACAGGGAAGCAAGAGUCCUGUACAGCCAGCAACCAGCACUUUAUCAGCACAGAGCGCUCCCUCUGUGUACCCGCCUCAGCAGGCCUUCCUGGCCCCUGGAGGGAUGAUGGAUGGGGGGAGCAGCCCUCUGCUCCAGUCCUUCAAACCCUCCCCUUCUAAUGAGAACCUGUGCUCCACUUACACCAGUGACGCCACGCUCUCUGCGCCCAGUUUGUGUGUCACCUCGCAAGGCUGUGUAAAGUUCAGCUGUGGGUCGGAGAGAGUGACCUUCAAACCAGGUGGCAGGAGGACGCGUUUUCUGAGUACGCCCUGCUUGGCUCUUUGGAAGAUGGUGAAAAAAGUGUGCCCCUGCAACCAACUUUGUAGGACGAGCAGCACCAACACGGUGGCGGGAAGCAUUCAGAAUCAAAACCAGCCGCCCAUCUCUCAGUCCCAGAGCUGCAAGGGCAUGUUCACAGACGAGCUGCACAAAUUGGUGGACAACUGGGCCAGGGACGCUAUGAACCUGUCGCAGGGCAAGAGAGGCUCCAAGCACCAACAACAAGUAUCUCCUCAGGGCCACAGCUACGAAAUGGUUCCUCCUACCAAUAUGGGCCGUAAGUACUCGGCUCCUGGCCAGCUGUGCCCAAGCAUCGCUUCAACUCUGAGCGGCCACCCGCCCAUGCCCAACACUCCUGCUACCUCUCUGGGGGCCCGGAAGGGCUCCUUGUGUCCCACGCCACAGUAUGGCUACCCCUCUGCACCUUACAGCACCCAGUGGGCUGGUUCAAUCGCGCACACCCAGGCCGGACUGCUGGCCACCUCGCAACCCCUGGGACAGUAUCCCCAGGUUCCCACCCCUUUACAGACCUUCCACAUCAGCACUUUGCAAAAGUCAGUCAGCCACCCGGGUGGACCCAACCUGAAGACCACGUAGGGCAGGGCCUAGCCGUGCUAGGCCUAAAUAACUCUUGAGUUGAGGGAAGCAAGGGGGACAAAUUGGGCAAGCAUUUGAAUGCAUUACAGCGAUUCUGUCACAAGAGUUGAUAGUUGAGAAAAAAGAUGCCAGAAUCUGCAUACAUGCUCACAGUUACAUCACGGGGAUGAUGCACAACGGGAUAAGAGAAGGAUGAAAAUAAAACAAUGGACACUUGUGUGCAAUGUUACGUGGCCAAAGAAGGUGUGACCAUUUUUAUUGUUAAGGUGUGUAGUGAUGGCAUCCUUCACCACCUAGCCCUAAACAUUUGUCAAGGGGUUCGAUUAGAGGUUUGCUGACCUAAAAUGGAAUGAAUGCCACUGGCUUCCAUCUGUAUAUCCUCCUGAUAAAUUCAUACAUCAAGCAUGUCAACAAAAACAGAGGUCGGGUGGGUGAUGGUGAGCAGCAAAGUGACAAACCUAGUUCCCCUCUUGCCCUAAACCCUCUUCUGCAAUGCCAUGGAAUAAUGCAAUAAUUACAAUGUUUAAAAAAAGCCCAUUUUAAAACACAGGAAGUGGCCUUCAUUAGAUUAAAUGACAAAAUCCAUGUACAGAUUUCCUUUGUUUUUAAAUUGAGUUAUGAGGGUUUUGAUUUCAUUCAUUUGGUUGGUUAGUUGGUUUUUCUUCCCUAUGCCCUUCAAGCCGGCCUUGUGUAGCAGAAUGUUAGGGACAGUACUUUUUUUGUCAUAUGUUCAGAGGCCUUUCAGCUGCCUGUCCUACAAAGCUCCUACAUGCACAUUCACACUCUUACCAUUCUCUUACGGUUUUCUCGUUCCCACACCACAAGGUGACUUGUAAAAUGGUGGAUUAAAUCAGUUGGAUUGGGGUUUGAAUAUAGGAUCGGUUACCUUUAAGGCCCGUGAAGCUUUAAAUCUUUGGCUAAUUAUCAGCUUUUUCUAAUCAUGGCAGCAUUAGGGGCCUCUUACGAUAGUUUGAUUGAGACAUUCAAAUAAGAAGUUGUGUUCUGUAUGGACCUGUAUUUACUCAUCAGUUUUUGAUGUUGAAACACUGUGAUUAUUAUAAAUGUUGUUGGACAACAUUAGAUAAAAAGAAAGUAGACAAAAAAAAAGACAUUUUGGAGGAUGGAAGGCUAGCUAUUUAAUUACUCGCAUCUUAUUGGAGACACUUUAACCCUUUUUCCCCCCUUUGUACUUUCUUUAUAUUAUUAGAUAAAUGUGAAUGUAAAUGGAUUCUAUUAACGUACUUGAAGAAAAGAAUCUUUCCCUCUUUCGCUAAGCCCAGUGAGCUUUCUGAAGAUUCUAGUGCCUUGCUUUAUUUUUGUGUUACUUUUUUUGCUUCGGGGUUUGAUAUAUAAGGCAGUGGAGAGUCUCUAGUUGGAGUGACUUCACAGAGGGUGAUUAUUAAUAUAUUGCAGGAACAAGGAGUUGUUUUGGAUGAGGUUUUGAAUUGGCUAUGACUGAAACCAUUUGAUGGCACAGUCCUAGUUGCAAAAUGCUUCAUAUAUUGGGUGCGCAAACACACAAUCCACCCAUUAUAUCACAUUCAAAGGCUGUGAAAGUGCUUAAGGGGUUGAGUUUUAGAUACUUUGAUCAAUCUACCUUAGUAUGCAAGUGGAAGCGUGCCUAUCAUCAGCACAUUUAAACUUAUUUCGACAACCACGGUGUCUUUGUUUUCAAGAUGGAUUCUUAAACAGCGUGAACAGUUCUUGUGAAGGUGAGGGCUUGGCUCAGAUAGAAACGCAGGACGAGGAAAGGUAGUACGCAAGGGACAGUAUGUUGUAAGUAUUUCAAAACCAUCAACAGCUUAGAUGUUUCUCCAGAACGGCUUAGUUGGUUUUGACGCCAUCCAGUGUCAAAUCCUCUCCAGGUGUGCAUAGGGAGACACGUUUGAC